AUGGGUCAUUUGCGAAGGUUAGUUUACUUCGCAGUUGUGGAAAAUGAUAUGUUUGGUACGUUCCCUUAUUCCCUUUACAAUAUAUCAUCUUUGAGGUUCAUUGCAGCCGGAGCUAACCGACUUAAUGGCACUCUUGCAGCCAACAUAAGCCUCACUCUCCCUAAUCUCCAAUAUUUGUCCAUCAAUACUAAUCAAUUCUCUGGUCCAAUCCCAGUUUCACUAUCCAAUGCUUCCCAGCUUGAAUUUCUUGAUCUCACCCAAAACAAUUUCGUGGGACAAGUUCCAACUGAUCUAGGCAACCUGCUAAAUCUACAACAUCUAAAUAUUGGAAGAAAUAAUCUUGGAAGUAAUUCCGUCAAGGACUUCGAUUUUUUAACAUCUUUGGAAAACUGCACCAAACUUGAAAGGCUAGGCUUUUCUUAUAACAAUUUUGGAGGCACUUUACCUGAUUCUAUAGGAAAUUUGUCGAUGCAACUCAGUGCUUUAUAUAUUUAUGGCAAUCAAAUAUUUGAAAUUAUUCCUGCAGCAUUAGAGAAUCUCAUCAACUUAAGUCUUCUCGUCAUGUAUAAAAACUUGUUCACAGGACCCAUUCCCACUUAUUUUGGGAAGUUUCAAAAGCUGCAAGGAUUGGCUUUGCAUAGAAACAGAUUGUCGGGAAACAUACCAUCCUCUCUAGGCAACCUCACUCAAUUGGUCCUACUUUCCUUACAUCAGAACAAAUUGGAAGGAAAUAUUCCAUCAAGUUUUGAAAACUGCAAAAACAAAUGGUUGCACCGUGAUAGAGACAAUGAAAGUCCACCAAAAUAUUUGAACCUCAUUCAAAGACUAAAUAUUGUGAUUGAUGUAGCUUCUGCACUACAUUAUGUUCAUGAUCAUUGUGAAAUACCAAUCAUUCAUUGUGAUUUGAAGCCAAGCAAUGUUCUUCUUGAAGAUGACAUGAUUGCUAAAGUAAGUGAUUUUGGUUUGGCAAGGAUCAUCUCUACAACAAAUGAUGCUUCUCAAAAUCAAACUAGCACAGUUGGAAUAAAGGGUACUUUUGGCUAUGCUGCUCCAGAGUACGGAAUGGGUGGUGAGGCAUCAACACAAGGAGAUGUCUAUAGUUAUGGGAUAUUUGUGUCGGAGAUGUUCACAGGAAAGAGACCUACUGACAAAAUAUUUAAAGAUGGUUUCAACCUUCAUAACUUUGUUAAAAUGGCAUCGACAGAAAAACUUGUGCAAGUUGUAGACCCAAAUCUUCUCACAAGAGAAGUGGAAGAUUUAGAAGUGGCAACAGAAAAAGAUGACUACAACAACAAUGAUCACGAUGAUAUUGAGGCAGUAGAAGAAAGAGUUCGUAUUGAGAACCUAAGCCAUAUGAAUUCUAAUGAGUAA